GCUGCAUGCUGGGAUAUAUCACGCUCUUGUUUACAAGAUGAUACAGGAAGGAUUUUCCCUUCUACUUACAAGUUUAAAGUAAUAAAAGUAUUUUCUCUCCUCAACGUUUUUAUCCAACCGUCUUAGACUAAAUUUAUUUAUUUUAUAAAAACGGAGCCUGGGGUGAAGUGAAUGUCGCCGCUCUCGGAGUGACUGAAGAGAUUUUUUUUAUUUUUUUUAUUUUUGAUUUUUUUUUGCAGUGUCACUGACAGACGCUAUCUAUCAAAAAUCACAGAGCACUGUCCAUCAGGCCUGCAGAAGGGUAUCUGAAUCCAUCCGAAUGAACAGAGCGACUGCAAAGCAUCUAAUUGAGCGCUACUUUCGGCAGUUAACUGAAGGCUGUGGAAAUGGCAACUGCACGAACGAGUUUUGCGCAUCGUGUUCUGAUUUUCAGCCUUUGGAUAACAAUUCGGCAGCUGCCAAAGCGCUUGAGCUGUUUAAGAUUAAUGCCAAACUCUGUGAUUAUUACCCCUCGAUCGCGUCCAGCUCCGACAAAAACACUCCGCUGGAUGGUAAGAUGAGCGACAAAGACCAUUGCUCCACCAAGGACAACUUUUCAGAUAUUCAUUACCUCACAGAGAAGACUGUGUGUAUGAUCCUCAGUGCCUGCGAGGAAGAAGGGGACUUUUCUGCUCUUGUCCGUGUCAUAGGCAGGAUUUUUUCUAACGCGGAGGCCCUGAUGAAAAGUUUCAGGAAAGAUGAACCAAAUGAUCCAGAAAACCAAGACUCUUUUAAAACAACAGACGCAGCGGAAGGUGAGAAACAAAGUGAGGAGUCUGGCGCCUCCUCCUCCGCAGCCGCUUUGCAAAAUGAAGCUCCAAAUGAAAUGUUCGACUCCUGUGAGGUUACAGUGGACAUCAACGCCGUGAGGAGAGUCUACGACAAACUUCUCUCCAUUGACCAGGUCCAGGCAGCUCUUGUGAACGCCAUCGUUUACCUCACUCCUAAUGUAGAACUUGACCUGGAAUACCUUGACGUGUACGAAACAAACCCAGAUUACCUGAACAUCUUCAUCAUCGUGAUGGAGAACAGUAACCUUCACAGUCCCGAGUACCUCGAAGUGGCGUUACCACAGUUCUGCAAGGCGAUGAGCAAACUGCCAGUGACCGCGCUCGCCAAGCUGUCAAAGCUCUGGUCAACCUACAGCCUCCCGCACAUCCGCCGUAUGAUGGAGACCUUCCAGCAGCUCAUCACGUUCACAGUUGUCAGCAAUGAGUACGACGGCGAAAACCUGGUAAAUGAUGAUGAGACGGUGGUGGCUGCUACCCAGUGUCUGAAGGUCGUCUUCUAUGCAAGUAUCCUUGGAGGUGACGUGGAUAUAGAGCACAACGAGAAGGAGGAGGACGACUCCGACUCUGAUGAGCUGACCCUCCAUGAGUUGCUGGGCGAGGAGCGGCUCUACAGGAAGGGCCCCCGGGUCGACCCCCUGGAGAAAGAACUGGGUGUGAGACCCUUAGACUGCAUAAGACCCCUCAUUCCCUUCGAGGAUUUUAUUAAUGAGUCGGUGAACGACGUGGUGGAGAUGGACAAAGAUUUCACUUUCUUCAAGGUCAACGCAGAAGCUAAGUUUUCCUUCCAGAGCUGCCCCUUCAUUCUCAAUGUCAUCACCAAGAACCAAGGCCUGUACUACGACAACAGGAUCAGGAUGUACAGCGAGCGGCGCCUCACCGCCCUCUACAGCAUGGUCCAGGGCCAGCAGCCCAACCCCUAUCUGAAGCUUAAAGUACGCAGAGACCACAUCAUCGACGACGCCCUCGUCAGACUGGAGAUGAUCUCCAUGGAGAACCCGUCCGACCUGAAGAAGCAGCUGUUUGUUGAGUUUGAAGGGGAGCAGGGUGUAGAUGAAGGAGGCGUUUCAAAGGAGUUCUUUCAGCUGGUUUUGGAGGAAAUUUUCAAUAUUGACAUAGGAAUGUUCACGUAUGACGACGACACCAAACUGUUCUGGUUUAAUUCAUCCUCUCUGGAGAAUGAGGCGCAGUACUCGCUUAUCGGAAUCGUCCUGGGACUCGCCAUUUACAACAACUGCAUCCUGGAUGUCCAUUUCCCCAUGGUUGUCUACAGAAAACUCUUGGGAAAGAAAGGGACCUUCCUGGACCUGUCAGACUCGCAUCCAGCUCUCUACCAAAGUCUGAAGCGAUUGCUUGAAUACACUGGCAAUGUGGAAGAAGACAUGAUGCUCACCUUCCAGAUAUCACAGACAGACCUUUUUGGAAACCCAGUAUUAUAUGACUUGAAGGAGCAAGGAGUUCAGAUCCCUGUCACAAAGGAGAACAGACAGGAGUUUGUAGAUCUGUACACUGAGUACAUUCUGAACCAGAGCGUGGAGAGACAAUUCAACGCCUUCAAAAAAGGCUUCCUAAUGGUCACUAAUGAGUCCCCGCUGAAGUAUUUGUUCAGACCAGAGGAAGUGGAGAUGCUUAUCUGUGGGAGCAGGAAACUGGACUUUGAAGCGCUUGAAAAGACAACAGAAUAUGAUGGAGGUUACAACAAAGACAGUCAGAUCAUCAAGGAUUUUUGGGAAACUAUUCACACGUUCAGCGAGGAGCAGAAGAGGCUGUUUCUUCAGUUCACCACCGGCACAGACAGAGCACCAGUUGGCGGGCUGGGAAAAUUAAAAAUGAUCAUUGCCAAGAAUGGUUCAGACACAGACAGACUCCCAACCUCCCACACCUGCUUCAACGCUCUGCUCCUCCCUGAAUACUCAUCCAAGGAGAAACUGAAAGAAAGACUCCUCAAGGCCAUCACUUACGCCAAAGGGUUUGGGAUGCUGUGAAAGAUCCAUUAUGAAAGUCUUCAGGCUGUGUUUUAACGAAAAAAAAAAAAAAAAAAAGGGAGUAUCAAAAAUCACAAAAAAAAAACAUAAUACAACAACAUAGGGAAAUGCCAUGAAACAAAAUGCUGCAGUAACCCUGUGCCUAAACAAACACUUGCAGUCAAACUUCACGGUGGGCCUUUCACACCUUCGUUCGUGAAUCACUUUCAUAGUCAUACGGUUUCCCAAAGACAGUACCUGAAUCGUUUAUUUUUUCACGUGUGUUUUAUUUUUCCGAGCAAACAUAAACAACAUUUGAUUUGUGACAACUGUGAAAGUGCACUUAUACACAGCACAUACAGUGUGUAUUUAGUCAUUCGGUUUGAUUUUUCCUUUUUUGUGUUUUUGCAGUCUUCAUGUAGCAGUAUUCAGUCCUCAGGCUCUCUUUUCCCACAAGAGUUCGCUGGGAAUUAUGGUGCUCCUUGGGUACGACUGUCAUUGUAGUAAACAGGGAUUGAGGUGAAGCCUUUUUUAUCACUGCUAAUUCAAAGAGCCUCACCGACAAGCUUCUCUUUAAAGUAUCUCCCAUCAGUGUGACAACAAGCUCGCCACUAACCUUGAGGUUCUUCUACGGUCGGAAACUAACUGUUUUAAUUGUGUGCGGUGCCUCUUGUAUAACCCACGAAAUGUUGUGAACCUGACCUGAUUGUUUGGUUUCAGAGUGUCGCUACUCACUGGCUGCUCGGUUCAGACUUUCACAUCCUGAAAGAACGGGGGAAAAAAAAACGUCUCUUCUCUUGGUUUGCUCUGAUUGCACACACCUCUGAGUGCAGUUGCCAAACGUGCAAUGAUAAAUAUGGAAAAGACAUCAAUGUUUUAUUUGGACAACUAUCUCAGGUACAUGAAGAAUGUGCAGACAAUGUGAAACUCUCCUGUAAAAGCUGCUGUUAUGCAAAGUAAAGGUGGAAAAAUAUCAA